AGGUCAGCGAAGCAGGAAGACUGAAGCUUUGAGCACCAGUAUGAAGUGGCUGUUGGUUCUUUGGAGUCUCUGUGCCUUAGUGGGUGCUUUAAAAAGGAUCCCUCUCCGUAAAAUGCCAUCCAUCCGCCAAUCUCUGCGGCAACUUGGAUUGAAAGUGUCGGACGUCUCUCCUGAGGUUAAUUGGGACUUUCUAAUGAAGCCGAACAAUGGAACAGCCCCGACAAUCCUGACCAACUAUCUGGAUACCCAAUACUUUGGGGAGAUCAGCAUCGGGACCCCGCCACAGAACUUCAAAGUCAUUUUCGACACUGGCUCUGCCAACCUCUGGAUACCAUCGACCAACUGUUCGCCCAUUUAUACAGCUUGUUUUUCCCACAACAGAUAUGACUCCUCCACCUCAAGGACAUAUGAGGCCAAUGGACAAGGGUUUGCUAUUCAAUAUGGAUCUGGCAAUGUGAAGGGAUUCCUCAGUCAAGAUAUUGUAAUGGUGGCCAAUAUCCCAGUUAUCCAAGUGUUUGCUGAAGCUACUGCCUUGCCAGCUUAUCCUUUUAUCUUUGCCAAGUUUGAUGGGAUCCUGGGCAUGGGGUUCCGGACUAUUGCUAUUGACAACAUAAAGCCGGUGUUCGAGCGAAUCUUGGAUCAACAUGUUCUCAAUGAACAAGUCUUUUCUGUUUAUUAUAACAGAGACUCCAGAGGGACUCCAGGUGGAGAGGUGAUACUGGGGGGCACUGAUCCUUCCUACUACAGUGGUGAGUUCCACUAUCUGAACCUGCUCAAGAAAGGUUACUGGCAAAUCGAACUGAAAGGGAUUUCGGUCGGUGGAGAGAUGUUGUUCUGUCGUAAAGGCUGUGCAGCCAUUGUCGAUACUGGAUCCUCCUACAUCACUGGACCAGCCGCAGCAGUUUCCUCUCUAGUGAAUGCUAUCGGAGCCACUGUCCUAGAAGAGGGAGAGUACAUCGUGAACUGUGACAAAAUCCAUCUAUUGCCUCACAUUUCUUUCAACAUGGGAGGGAGGACCUAUUUAUUAAAGGGUGAAGACUACAUUAUGAAGGAAUCCCAGUUUGGGGAAGACGUCUGCACACUUACUUUUUCUGGACUCGAUAUCCCCCCGCCUGCUGGCCCUGUCUGGAUCCUGGGUGCCAACUUUAUUGGUCGAUAUUACACUGAAUUUGAUUACAAGAACAACAGGAUAGGUUUCGCCACUGCGAUCUGAACCAGACAUGUGCCAGGCUGCUUGAGUUAAGCUUUGAAGAACAUGGAUCACUCCACCGUUAUGGCAACCCUUUCCAGCACAAUGGUUUCCUUUUGACUUGGGCUCCAUCUGACCAGAUUAGCGGCUUUUAUAUCAGGAAUCUUAUUGUUACUGAUAUUGGCACUGGUGUUGUCUAGAAUUGUCAAAUUAGAACACCUGCAGCACAAAUGGGAUAAAGGAAAAACCAAUCUGCUCCUUCCACAGGCGAGCAUAGUCUAUGUUAUCAUUCUUCCCCUUUCACUACAUCUUUACACAAGCUUUGGCUCUAUAUUCUUCAAUACCUAUAGCUUGCAAAAUGCUACACCUUCAGCACCUUUUCUGUGGAGAUAUAUCCUUCCUGACUUCUCACCUGAAUGGCUUUAUUCUGGCUUUUACAGUUAAGACCCAUUUUCUUAGUUUCCCUCAACAAUGGGGGAAAAAAAGUUUCUCUCUGUUCUCUAGAUUCUUUUCAAAAUACUUAAUAUCUACAACGGGAAAGUUCUACAAAGAAGCAAAGUCAUCAAAUAUUCAACCAUCUCCCCUCACACAACCCUUUCAAAGUGGAUGGGCUAUUGCCCCCCCCCGGACAUUACUUUUGCCUUCCUCCAACACAAAAAAUAUUGCAUCCCGUUACUUCGGUGUGUAAAAAGUCAUCCAAACAUACAACAUUGACAUGGGAGUAUUCUUGUGACACAGUGAGUAAUGUCCCUACUUUCUGGGACAGAAGAUCCUGAUUCCAGUUACACCUGCCCCGGACAUAUGUCAUGAUGUAUCAGAACAAGUUGAUUUUAAGUAUGUACAAAAUGGACGAACCAGAAAGUGUCCCUCAAGGGGAGGCAGUGAUACAGUGGUAAUGUCACAUGACUCAUAAUACAAAACUCUAGGCCAAUGCCCUCGUGAUAUGGGUUUGAAUCCGAUUAUGGAAUUUUGGUGGAAAUUAUUUCCAAUAAAAAUCUGGAAUGAAGAGAUGGCUUAAUGAUACACAUGUCACUACUGUCAAUUGUAGUAAAAACCCACCUGGUGCACUAACGGAAGGAAAUUUGCCAUCCUCACAUGAUCUGGCCUACAUGUGGCUCCAGACCUGCAUCAAUGUAGUCAAUUCUUAACUUGAUAAAUGCCCUCAUCCUGUGAACAAGUAAAAGAAACCUGGUUCAUUAAACCAGUCUCCACAUGGAGUCUUUGAUUAAUUAUGUUCUUUUAGUUGUUGUCUCAAUCUCAAUUAAGCAUGUAUCAAGCUCCCUUCCCAAUGCAUGAAUCAUGUUUACCUCAACUGCUUUUGCUAAGCAAAGCAUCCAUUCAAACUUGUAUUCAAACUAUAGUUUCAACAAAUUCAAUGGAGAGUAAUAUUGUACAUGUUAUCGAGAUCUCUCUUUGGCAGCCUUGAUAUAAUCUGAUAUAGUAGUUGCUAAAUUGGCUGGCUAUUGAUGCCAAACAUGAAAUAUCAAUAAUGCAAGAAUUUCUCCUUUUAUUAAAUUGACAAAUGGUCUAACUUGAAUAAAACAAGAUUCAUUCUCUU